UUUGGAGCAGCAUCAGAAUGGCGCGUAAUUGAGUCACAUUGCCAUUGUCGCCAGUGGCUGAUAUGGCUUUCCUUCGUGCUGCCAUCACUCGCGAGCAUUUCCAUAACCACCAUGGGCAUUGUUUGCUGAUGGCGCACCUACAUGUGCUCUCGCCGUCUUUGUGGCCUGCGUUCUAGCAGCACAUCACACAGCCACUCCCAGUGCCGAUAAAGCCCCUCGACAUCGCUGGCACCCAACAUCACCCACGAUGCCCAUCCCCAGCCUCACCAUGAGUAUAUACGACGCAAUUCUUUCCGCGGCCCUCAACCGCGACAUCCUCGCAAUGCUCGAGUACCGUGAUCUGAUCUUUCUCUCGUCCACCAUUUGCCCAACCUACGCCUUCGACCCCACCCCCUCCGAGCUCAAUGGCGACUGUGGCCCAGUCCAUCCCCUCAUCAACACUUACGAGAACCCCGGCCUUACCACCUUCUUCCUCGAAGUCGUCCUUGGCCCGCAUCUGGACCUGCUCUCCCCCGACGAGCUCAAGCAACCCGAUGACAUCAUAUAUCCGCUCCUCGCUGCGCGCCUGCGCGCCAAGCUCACCCGGGCCGGAGACAGUGGGCACAUUCUGCUUCUUGUGCUUGGGCCUGAAUGCCCGGGAGAGGAGAGCCGCCCUGGCGGACUCAAUAAACUCCGGCUGCGCGUGCUCGAGGUACUGUGUCGUAUGCUGUAG